CCAUCCUAAGCGGCGAUGAAGCGGCUAGCGCUCUUCAUACUUUGUAUUCAGUUUGGAUGGGUUUCAUCCUACGUUUUUGACAAAGCCGAGUUUGUACUGGGUAUAUCAUAUCAAGAGAUGCACAAGAACGAGAGCGGAUGCUUUGCUGCAUGCUACGAGAACAACAAGUGCAUUGCACUUGCUUACAGAAAAAUUUCGGGCGGAUGCGCCUUGUUCACCACUGAAAACUCCAAUCAAACGUGUCGUCCUGGCGAUGUUUGCUACACCCUUCAACGCGAUGAGGAAGAUUCCAUGUGCGCAAGAUACGUGAACGUUUGAGAAGUGAUCAAGAAUCAUGUGGUCACUAUUUCUCGAAUUUUCGCUACGUAAAGGAUU